CAUGCGCACCUGGGAGGCAGUUGCUACCGCGGCGCUCGUGGCGGUGUUCGCGCUGGCCUUGGCCGCCGCUGAUGACGCGCCGGAGUAUCCACCGCCGGACGUGUACAGCCUCCAUGUGGUGAACCACGUGCGGAACCGGUACGCCAAGACAGUGGUGACCAGCAGGGUGGCCAACACAGCCAACGUGUCCAGAGAAAUCAGCUUCGACGCCGUCCUGCCGGAGACUGCCUUCAUAUCGGGAUUCGUCAUAGAGAUGGACGGCAAGGCGUACGAGGCGUACGUGAAGGGGAAGGAGGAGGCGCGCGAGGAGUACCAGCAGGCCGUGCAGGCCGGGCAGGGCGCCGCGCACGUGCAGCUCAGUGCAAGAGAUUCGAACGUGGUGUCCGUGUCGGUGAACGUGGAGGCGCAGAAGAAGGUGACCUUCAACCUGACGUACGAGGAGCUGCUGCAGAGGGAGCUGGGCGCCUACAACCUGCGCAUCAACCUCAAUCCCGGACAGAUCGUGAACGACUUAUCUGUGGAGGUGCACAUCAACGAGACGAGUGACAUCACCCUCCUUGAAGUCCCCAGCCUGCAGCAGAGCAACGACGUCUCAGACGAAGAGAACUCUACUAACCCUCUGGCGCACACGGAGAGGCCUUCGCCCACGACAGCCGAGGUGCGGUGGUCUCCCAGCAGGGAGGAGCAGGCGGCGCUGAGGGCGGAGGGCGUGCAGGGACAGCUGCUGGUGCGCUACGACGUCGACCACGCCGCCAGCCCCAACCAGAUACUCGUGACUGAAGACGGAUACUUCGUGCACUUCUACUCGCCGCCGGACCUGCCACCGCUGGAAAAGUACAUCGUGUUCGUGCUGGACGUGAGUGGCUCCAUGAGCGGUCACAAGAUAGACCAGCUGAGGCAGGCCAUGGUCUCCAUCCUUGAUGAGCUGAGUCCACGUGACAACUUCACGCUCAUCACAUUCUCCUUUGGAUCGCAGGUGUGGUGGCCAGUUACCGGGAACAAGACCUAUACAUCCUGGUACGAGUGGCCCAACGGACCAGAAAAUGAUGCUGAUGCUGUCGUGCCUGCAACUCCAGAAAAUGUUGCUAGUGCCAAAAAUUUCGUCAGAGAUCUCCAUGCAGGAGGAGGGACCGCGAUGCACGACGCGCUGGACACAGCACUGCGAGUAUCCAAGGCAGGUGUUUCACGUCCGGAUGCGCCACUUGUGAUGGUGCUUCUUACGGAUGGACUGCCUAAUGGAGGGCCAGAAGCCAUCUUGCAGGACUUCACCGCCGCCAACUUGGAGCGGGGAGCAGCACUGUUUACGUUGGCGUUCGGUGAAGAUGCAGACUUCGGAUUUCUCAGGAAGCUGGCGCUGCGCAACGGCGGCUUCGGUAGGCGCAUCUACGAGGCGGCGGACGCACACCUGCAGCUGCGCAACUUCUACCGGCAGGUCGCGUCGCCACUCCUCUCCAGCGUCAAUUUCACAUACGGGGAUGGACAGGUGGAGGAGGAGUCCCUGACGCAGACCAGGUUCUCGACGCUGUUCCGCGGCAGCGAGCUGGUGGUAUGUGGCAGGCUGCAGCCUGCAGCGUCACUGCUGGAGCCCGUGGUGGUGGCGGAGGGCCGCCAGCGCCACAAGUCGCCAGCCAAGCUGGAGAAGGCCUCCACUGGAGAGCGCCUCUGGGCCUUCCUCACUGUGCGCCAGCUGCUGGACAUGGACACCGCCACACCCAACCAGACGAUCAAGGACAGAGCCAAGGACAUCGCUAUCAAGUACUCCUUUGUGACUCCUGUGACGUCACUGGUCGUGGUGAAACCUAACGACACAGCAGCUGUGGACCUGGAACGCGCUGGUGGAAACGGCGAAGAUUACUUCGCAUCAGGAGCGCCAGUAUUGUUCUUGGCAGGAAUUGGUACCUCUUCUAGCCUCUUCCCCAACAUCUUAUUGUCAGACAGGUUUGAGGAAGCAGACGAGCCUUUAUACUCAACCACAAGUUUUCCACCUGGUGCUGUGGCUUCUGCCGGACAACCGCAGGCGCUGCACAUAUCCGAGAUCACCUGGCUAGGCGGUAUCUCCAACUCCUCACACGUUACACUCGAAGUGAAUGGUACGGCAGAGACCUACGAAUUGGCCCUCAACAAGACGGAGACGCAGCUGGAGGAGUGUGUGACACCUGGUGGAGGUUCCGGGCAGUGCCGCCACCUGGCCAACUGCGUGCUGCCCAACUUCACUGACAGCCUGGAUGACUUCCUGCCCUACCGCUGUAUGGUCGACGGCAGCUAUGUCGGCGUUUGCUGUCCGAACGACGCAUUGCCCACAGCGCUCGUUGAAUGAGGCUCACGCUGACUGUCGAGACCGCUACUCUAAGCAGAGGUCUGCUCCAGAAAUUGCCUUCCACAGCUAUGGAGAGCAAAAUAUGAAUUUUUGACGAUCGUGCAAAGGCCAAAGCUUGUUGAAAAAUUUGUGAAGUAUUGUUCUUUUCCGGUUAUUCAGAGAAAUUAAAUAAUGUCACAAUGGA